CCACAGUUGAAUGACAAACUGGUUUCAACAUCGAAUAUAGAAAGAAAGAAAGAGUGAGCUCCAACUGAAGCAGCAUAGCGUUUGAAAAUGCAGUUCACCUCACAACUCCUUCUUCUUCAUUCCUUCUUCUUCUUCUUUCUCAUCACUUCAUCCUCUUCAUCACUUUCACAAUCCAACCAGUUCUGUGAAGCUGGAAUUGCAGAAUCAGCAUGUGGAACUGGAAUCCCAUCAUCAUCCAAAUUGUUGAUCAAAGGUGGCACCGUCGUCAACGCUCACCACCAACACGUUGCUGAUGUCUACGUAGAGGAUGGCAUCAUCGUAGCCGUUGACCCCGAUAUCAACGUUGGAGAUGAUGUGAAUGUCAUAGAUGCCACUGGCAAGUUCGUCAUGCCAGGAGGAAUUGAUCCUCACACCCACCUAGCGAUAGAGGGUUUGGAUAUUACAUCAGUAGAUGACUUCUUCAGUGGUCAGGCUGCAGCAUUAGCUGGUGGGACAACGAUGCACAUUGAUUUCAUUAUACCAUCUAAUGGGAAUUUAUCAGCUGCUUUUGAUGUCUAUGAAAAGAAGGCAAAGAAGUCUUGCAUGGACUAUGGUUUCCACGUGGCUAUAACCAAAUGGGAUGAAGGUGUUUCAAGAGAUAUGGAGCUCAUGGUCAAGGAGAAAGGUAUCAACUCUUUUAAGUUUUUCAUGGCAUACAAAGGAAUUGUCAUGGUCAAUGAUGAGCUCCUUCUCAAAGGAUUCAAGAAGUGCAAGUCCCUUGGUGCCUUAGCCAUGGUCCAUGCAGAAAAUGGAGAUGCAGUAUAUGAAGGGCAAAAGAAAAUGAUAGAACUUGGAAUAACUGGUCCCGAGGGGCAUCCUCUUUCAAGGCCUGCAGCGUUGGAAGGAGAGGCAACUUCUCGUGCUAUUCGCUUAGCAGAUUUUAUCAACACUCCUUUGUAUGUGGUUCAUGUAAUGAGCAUUGAUGCAAUGGAAGAAAUUGCCAAGGCCCGAAAAUCAGGACAAAGGGUAAUUGGAGAGCCUAUUGUCUCUGGGUUAGCCCUUGAUGACUCUUGGCUUUGGCAUCCAGACUUUGAGACUGCAGCAAAGUAUGUCAUGAGUCCUCCUAUUAGGAGACUAGGACAUGAUAAAGCCCUUCAAGCUGCCCUUGCAUCAGGAGUUUUGCAGCUGGUAGGAACUGAUCAUUGUACCUUUAAUUCCACCCAAAAAGCUCAUGGAAUUGAUGACUUCCGAAAAAUUCCAAAUGGUGUCAAUGGUAUUGAAGAAAGGAUGCAUGUGGUUUGGGAUACCAUGGUGGAAUCUGGCCAAAUAUCUGUCACCGACUAUGUCCGAAUAACAAGCACUGAAUGCGCUAGAAUCUUCAACAUAUAUCCAAGGAAAGGAGCUAUUCUUCCAGGAUCUGAUGCAGAUAUUAUCAUUCUGAAUCCAAAUGCAAGUUUUGAGAUAACUGCAAAGUCUCACCACUCCAGAUCAGACACAAAUGUCUACGAGGGAAGGAAAGGAAAGGGGAAAGUUGAAGUGACUGUAGCAGGAGGAAGAGUUGUUUGGGAAAACAAUGAACUGACGGUUGCUCCUGGUACUGGGAAAUACAUACAAAUGCCACCUUUUAAUUAUCUGUUUGAUGGACUGGAAAAGAAGGAUGCCAUUUAUCUAAAUUCACUCAAAGCCCCUGUAAAGCGAGCCAAGUCCAGCUCUUGAAAAUUUGCUGUUAUGCCCUUUAGUAUAAUUUCAAUAAUUUCCUACAGGGAAAAACAAAAGUGUUCAUCCAGUUUUCAGCUCAAACAGAGAAAAAUGUGUAUAUUCUUAUGCAUACAGAUAAGAGUUUUUUUUUUUU